GUGUGGGAUGGGAGUGGAAAGAUGCAGAGCUCUGAUUUCAGACUGUCAUCUUACAUAAUUAGUCGGUCUCAAAUAAGUAAAAUCAGGUCAUCUAAGCAAAGCUGUGAAAGAAACAAUAUAGAUCACACAAAGAACUAAGUGGUUUAUAGCUUCUAGAAAGCAUACAUCAGAUGGGUGUGUUAGAGAGACAGGAAGGAGAGGGGGGAGAAAUUGGAAACUUACGUAAGGCAAGGUAGCAGUGGGAGCUCUUGCUGCUAAAAAGCAGCAACUUGUUUGUUGAAGUUGUGAAAUCCAUAAAUGUGAACAUUGAACUCCUGGCAGAAGCUGCAGUGUUCUCUUCCAUGAUUCGGAUAUAACAAUACCAUGAGACUAAUGAUCUCUGUUGUUAGUAUUGCCUCUGAUAUGUUAUCACUGAAUUAAGGAAAGAAACAAGGUCAACUGCAUUUAUUUAGUCAGCAAGAAAAGAUUUGUCAGCUAAGGUACUUGAAGGAUUACUGGACUAUUUUCAGUGGAGAGAGCGAAGAUUAAGCAUUUAAUCUGUGCUGCCCUAAAAAACUGGCAGCAGGAGGUUGAGUGUGCUGGCUGACUUCCAUGUGUUUCUUAAUCUAUUCAUUUAUCAAUUUUAUUUUGCCUAGUUUAGUAUGAUGCUUUCUUAUUUCACAACCUGGAGAGGAAAAGUUAAAAAUAAAUCUGUGAUCUAAGACCAGAGUGUUUACAUUGUAAAGUAUAAAUAAUACAUACAAAUGUUGUAUAUUGUGACCAAUGUCACUAGUCUUGUUCAUACAGCCUGUCUUCAGAGAAGAGUAAUAUGCAGGAGUGCAAUUUGUUUUCAAGGCCUGAGUAUUCAGGGGCAAAUUGGACCCCUAUUCUGCAACAAGAUCCCUGGAUUUGGCAGCACUCAGGGGUUUGAUUUGCCCAGUUUUAUGUUCUAUAAUUCCUUCUGGAAUAAACUGCAUCAGAAUUGAAGGGAGAAAUCUUUUGUAUUACCACUGCACAUGGCAUAUUAUUACUGAGAAUAAAGUAAAAUAUAAAGUUCCUUAGUAUUCUAGCCUCUGAUGUUCCUGGGUAGGAAGCUGGGAAAGUUUGAGAUCUAUUUAUGACCUGUUCACUAAACCUUAAUUAUGAAUGAUGUACAACUUCAUCUAGCUGUUGAUUCUGCCAGUUGCAGGUGAGUAAAGGUCCCUUCCUAGAGUGCCUGUAUUCAUGCAUACACAACUGCCCCGGAAAGCACGUGGGGUUUGAAAAUCCACAACAUUCUCCCUCUGUAGUAUGGAAAAUGUUUGGAAUCUUAUGAAGAUUUAGGCAAUGGUUUAUCCUGUGAUAGUGACAUUUACUUUGUUUAAAUAACUUACACUGUAUUAGUAUUGUAAGACUAAAGCAAGAAAAGAAUAGUUUCCUAAAACUAAAUCUUUCAUGUUAAGAGAUUAGUGGGACUAUUCACAAAGGCAACCUAUAAGGGAAGAGGAGAAAUGGAAGUUAAUGUAUAAUGUCAGCGUUACUCAAAUCUGCUCCUUUUUGGAAAAUAUUUUGAUCUGUAGACUUAAAUUCUAGAUUAAUACCUCACUUACUACUGUCUCUUCCCUUAGUUUGUUCUAAAACUGUUGACAACUGCUCAUUUCUACACCAAGUCAAACAAGGCCGUUGAGUCAAAACAAUUAACAUUUGUUCCUGUAUAACAUUUUAUGCUAUAACAUUUUCUUUUCAAUCAGGUGAAAAUGAAAUCCUUGAAACUCUACACAAUAUUGCAAACAAGAACAAAAUCUGGAGGUCCUACAUUGGCAUGGGUUAUUACAACUGCUCAGUACCUCAGGCCAUCGUGCGGAAUUUGUUGGAGAAUGCAGGAUGGGUUACCCAGUAUACCCCUUACCAACCUGAGGUUUCCCAGGGUAGACUGGAGAGCCUGUUAAAUUACCAGACUAUGGUGUGUGACAUCACAGGAAUGGAUGUGGCCAAUGCAUCUUUACUGGAUGAGGGGACUGCUGCAGCAGAGGCUAUGCAACUAUGUCACAGGCACAACAAGAGGAGAAAGUUCUAUGUUGAUGUCCGAUGCCACCCUCAAACGAUAGCAGUAGUCCAAACUAGAGCAAAUUACAGUGGUGUUGUCAUUGAGCUGAAAUUGCCCCAUGAGAUGGAUUUCAGUGGUAAAGAUGUCAGUGGAGUGCUAUUUCAGUACCCAGAUACUGAGGGGAAGGUGGAAGACUUCACUGAACUAGUUGAAAGAGCCCGUCAAAAUGGGACUCUUGUCUGCUGUGCUACUGACCUCUUGGCUCUGUGUAUUUUGAGGCCUCCAGGAGAGUUUGGGGUGGAUGUUGCUCUGGGUAGCUCCCAGAGGUUUGGGGUACCACUCUGUUAUGGGGGACCACAUGCUGCCUUCUUUGCUGUCAAAGAAAACCUGGUGAGAAUGAUGCCUGGGAGAAUGGUUGGAGUUACAAGAGAUGCAAAUGGAAAGGAAGUAUAUCGGCUUGCAUUGCAAACUCGAGAGCAGCAUAUUAGAAGGGACAAGGCGACCAGCAACAUCUGUACAGCACAGGCUCUUCUGGCUAACAUGGCUGCCAUGUAUGGAGUCUAUCAUGGUUCGAAUGGAUUAAAGCACAUUGCAAGAAGGGUGCAUAAUGCCACUCUAAUCUUAGCUGAAGGUCUUAAGCGAGCAGGUCACACAUUGCAGCAUGACCUGUUCUUUGAUACCUUGAAGAUCCAGUGUGGAUGUGCAGUCAAGGAGGUCUUUGACAGGGCAGGUCAGCGGCACAUAAACUUUCGGAUUUAUAGUGAUGGCACAAUUGGAGUGUCACUUGAUGAAACUGUAACUGAGAGAGACCUGGAUGAGUUGUUGUGGAUUUUUGGGUGUGAAUCUUCAUCUGAAUUGGUUGCUGAGAGUAUGGGAGAAGAAACAAGGGGCAUUCUGAGUACUGCAUUUAAGAGGACUUCCAAAUUCUUGACACAUCAAGUAUUCAACAGCUAUCACUCUGAAACUAAUAUUGUCCGGUAUAUGAAAAGAUUAGAAAACAAAGAUAUUUCCCUUGUUCACAGCAUGAUUCCUUUGGGAUCCUGCACAAUGAAGCUUAAUAGUUCAUCUGAACUUACACCUAUCACGUGGAAAGAAUUUGCUAAUAUCCAUCCCUUUGUGCCUCUAGACCAGGCUCAAGGGUACCAACAACUUUUCAGGGAGCUCGAGAGGGAUCUGUGUGAGAUCACAGGCUAUGACAAAAUCUCCUUCCAACCAAACAGUGGGGCCCAGGGUGAAUAUGCUGGAUUGACUGCAAUCAAAGCUUACUUAAAUGCAAAAGGAGAACGUCAUAGAAAUGUUUGUCUUAUUCCUAAAUCUGCUCAUGGUACCAACCCAGCAAGUGCCCAUAUGGCAGGGAUGAAGAUUCAGCCAGUCGAGGUGGAUAAAAAUGGAAACAUUGAUAUUGCCCAUCUAAAGGCAAUGGUGGAUAAGCACAAAGAUAACUUGGCAGCCAUCAUGAUCACAUACCCAUCCACCAAUGGUGUGUUUGAAGAGGAUAUCAGUGAUGUGUGUGACCUGAUUCACAAACAUGGAGGCCAGGUUUACCUAGAUGGUGCAAACAUGAAUGCCCAGGUGGGUCUGUGUCGCCCUGGAGACUAUGGAUCUGAUGUCUCUCAUUUAAACCUUCACAAAACCUUUUGUAUUCCCCAUGGAGGAGGAGGACCUGGAAUGGGGCCAAUUGGAGUGAAGAAUCAUCUGGUGCCCUAUCUGCCUACCCAUCCUGUCGUUGCGCUACAGCUUGAUAAGGAUGCAUGCCCUUUGGGUACAAUUAGUGCUGCCCCUUGGGGCUCCAGUGCUAUAUUGCCUAUUUCCUGGGCCUAUAUCAAGAUGAUGGGUGGAAAGGGUCUUAAACAUGCUUCCGAGAUUGCUAUAUUAAAUGCUAACUACAUGGCAAAAAGACUAGAGAAACACUACAAAGUCCUUUUCAGAGGGGCAAGAGGUUAUGUAGCUCAUGAAUUUAUUUUGGACGCCAGACCCUUCAAGAAAACAGCAAAUGUUGAAGCUGUGGAUGUGGCAAAGAGGCUUCAGGACUAUGGCUUCCAUGCUCCAACAAUGUCCUGGCCAGUGGCAGGGACCCUUAUGAUUGAACCAACGGAAUCUGAAGACAAAGCAGAGCUGGACAGAUUUUGUGAUGCAAUGAUCAACAUUCGUCAAGAAAUUGCUGAAAUAGAGGAAGGCAGAAUGGACUCCAGGGUUAACCCAUUAAAGAUGUCGCCACACACUCUGACUUGCAUUACGUCCCCUAACUGGGAUCGUCCUUAUUCCAGAGAAGUAGCAGCUUUCCCACUACCAUUUGUGAAGCCUGAAAGCAAAUUUUGGCCCACAAUUGCUCGAAUCGAUGACAUCUAUGGAGAUCAGCAUCUGGUUUGUACCUGCCCACCAAUGGAAGUCUAUGAAUCUCCCUUUUCUGAACAGAAGAGAGCAUCCUCCUAGGUCUUACCCCUUUAUUUCCAGGUGGCUGGAUUCAUGCCUUACCACUGCAUUUCAGUUCACCACGACGGCGUUCUUUUUCCCUGCACCCGAUAAGGGGAUUUAUAUACUAUGUAUAUUUUUGUAAUCUCCAUACUGUUAAUUGAACUGCUCAGUUAAAAUGUAAAUACAAUCACUAUAGGAGGUGGAAGCAAACUGAGUUGAUUCAGUACCUCAGUAUCAAAAGCAGUUAAUGUUACAGUUGCCUUGAUUCAGCACCUUUUGUCUUCUGUUCAGAGUGAUGACCUCUUUGUGUGCUACGGACUUUAAAUAAUAACAUAGAAUUUUUCGAGGUUGUAAGGAAAGCUGAAUAAUUUUUAUUCCAGGUAUUUCAUAUGACAGUAACCAUUAAAUAUUAACUGCUACAGUAGUUGUUUACAUUUUGUAUAAGCACAGGAACUAGAUUUUGUUAUUAAUGUACCUAAUCUGUUACCACGGACUGCGGUGGUGGUAAUUGUUUAAUAAUAAACUGUGGUAUUUUUGUUUUUUACCUGUCAA